UCCAUCAGACCCCGCCCCCUCCCGCCAGCCCUGUCCCCGCUUAUCGAAGUCUGCGAGGCCUCGGUGGGCGCGGAGAGCCUAGCGCCACAGCCCGCGCGCCCCGCCGAGCCCGGCCCGCCCCGGGGUCUAUGGGGCCGCUCCUCGGCGCCGCCCGGCCGGCCCCACGCCGCGCCCGGAGCCUGCCCCGCGGCCAGGAGACGCGGCUCUCGAGGCCCGCAGGCUGCUCCGAGCCCGCCUGAGCGGGUCCGCGCGGAGAUGGCGGCCCCCUACCCCGGCAGCGGCGGCGGCGGAGGCGAGGUCAGGUGCGGGGGAGGGCGAGGCGGCAGCGUCCCUUGGGACUUCUUGCCCGGGUUCGUGGUCAAGGCCCCGCCCGGACCCUGCCUGCAGGCGCAGCGCAAGGAGAAGUCCCGUAACGCGGCGCGCUCGCGGCGAGGAAAGGAGAACCUGGAGUUCUUCGAGCUGGCCAAGCUACUCCCGCUGCCCGGAGCCAUCUCCAGCCAGCUGGACAAGGCGUCCAUCGUGCGCCUCAGCGUCACCUACCUCCGCCUGCGCCGCUUCGCCGCGCUCGGGGCGCCGCCCUGGGGGCUGAGGUCCGCGGGGCCGCCGGCUGGUCUAGGCACUGUUCUAGGUGCUGGGGACACAGAAGGGAACAGGACAAAGUCCCUGCCCUUGAAGGUGGGCCUCCACACCUGGCAUGCCCCAGGCCACAGGGGCCCCGUGGCAUUGGUCUCCGAAAUCUUCGAGCAGCACCUGGGAGGACACAUCUUGCAGUCCCUGGAUGGCUUCGUGUUUGCCUUGAACCAGGAAGGGAAAUUCCUCUACAUCUCAGAGACAGUCUCCAUUUACCUGGGUCUCUCACAGGUGGAGCUGACGGGCAGCAGCGUCUUCGACUACAUCCAUCCAGGGGACCACUCCGAGGUGCUGGAGCAACUGGGGCUGCGGGCCCAGACCCCCGGGCCCCCCACCCCUCCCUCCGUCCCCUCCUCUUCCUCCUCCUCCUCAUCUUCCUCCUCACUUGCCGAGACCCCUGAGAUCGAGGCCAGCCCGACCGAGGUGUCCCCCUCCUCCCGGGUGCAGGAGCGCUCCUUCUUCAUCCGCAUGAAAUCCACCCUCACCAAGAGGGGGCUGCAUGUCAAGGCCUCAGGGUACAAGGUCAUCCACGUGACCGGUCGUCUUCGGGCCCGCGCCCUGGGCCUUGUGGCCCUCGGCCACGCGCUGCCCCCGGCCCCACUGGCUGAGCUGCCGCUGCACGGACACAUGAUCGUCUUCCGACUCAGCCUGGGUCUCACCAUCCUUGCUUGUGAGAGCAGAGUCAGUGACCACAUGGACCUGGGGCCCUCGGAGCUUGUGGGCCGCAGCUGCUACCAGUUUGUCCACGGACAGGAUGCAACCAGGAUCCGCCAAAGCCACCUGGACCUGCUGGACAAGGGCCAGGUGAUGACCGGUUACUACCGUUGGCUGCAGCGCACCGGGGGGUUCGUGUGGCUGCAGUCGGUGGCCACCGUGGCUGUCAGCGGGAAGAGCCCUGGAGAGCGCCACGUGCUCUGGGUCAGCUAUGUGCUCAGCCAAGCUGAGGGGAGCCAGACACCUCUGGACACCUUCCAACUUCCGGCCAGCGUGGCCGCCGAGGAUGCAUCCAGCCCAGAGCCAGAGCCCACGGAGCCAGAGCCUCCAGGGGACGGAAAACAGGCCACCCCCCUGGAGGAGGACGAGGCCCCCCAGCCCCGGGGCAAACCCAUCAAAGUGGAGCCUGGCCCCGGGGAGACGGAAGACCCAGAGGACAGUGGGGACGAGGAGCCGUCGGGCCACCUGGCCCCAACGAGGCCCGAGUUCACGUCGGUCAUCCGGGCGGGGGCCCUGAAGCAGGACCUGGUGGGGCCAUGGGGCCUGGCACCUCCUGGGGACCCCCCACCUUCCCUCUUGCACGCCGGCUUCCUGCCCCCAGUCAUGCGGGGCCUCUGCGCUCCCGGUACCAUCCGCUAUGGCCCUGCCGAGCUGGGCCUCGUGUACCCGCACCUGCAGAGGCUGGGCCCGGGCCCCGCCCUCCCCGAGGCCUUCUAUCCGGCCCUGGGCCUGCCCUACCCGGGGCCCCUGGGCACCAGGGUGCAGCGCAAGGGGGACUGAGGACUGGAACAGCCCCCCAGGUGGCCAGACCUAGAGGACGGGUGGGGACCCCAGGGGACAGGGCUCUCAGCCUCGGUGAAUUAAAUGCCUGC